GUCAAUAUUCUAUUUUUUAUCAUCCCCAUACUAUACGUAUCGGAGUGUAACAAUGAAGAGGGUACUCUUAGUAGUGUACACAGUUGCGGUUUUAUUAAUAACAAUAAGUGAAACAAUCGCAAAGAAACAGAAUAUUGUUGUUACAAACAAUAAGUAUUGUACAAAUAUUGCAAAUAAAUUAAUCGCAAAAGGUGGGAAUGCACGAGAAGUAUUUAUUGGUGUAUCACUUUGUGAAGGACUUGUUCAUCCUAUGGAUUCUGGCGUAGGUGGUGGAUUUCAAGCUGUAUAUUAUACUAAAAGUAAAGGAAAGAAAAGAGCUUUGUAUAUUAACUCUCGAGAACAAUCUCCAAGCAAUGCUUCGUUUUCGGAUUACGAAUUAGUUGAAGGUAAUUCAAUUGGAAUUCCAAGUGUAUUGAAGGGCUAUGAAACAAUGUAUAAUUUAGAUAAAGACAAAAAUGGACUAAAGUGGAGUCAAAUUAUUGAACCAGUUAUUAACUUAUGUGAAAAAGGUUUUGAAAUGUCUAAAACAACACGUGCAAUGUUUGAGACAAUCAAGAAAUACAACACUUCGAGAGAGUACGACAAAUAUAUCGAUAUUAAUUUCAAAACAAAUAUUAUUAAAAAUCCAUUGUUCUGUAAGUUUUUACGACAGGUUAGUAAAGAUGGUCCUUCAUCCUCAAUGUACGAAGCGAAAGGUAAACUGCAUAAAAUGUUAAUGGAAGAUUUAAAGGAAACAACUUCGCAUAUUACAUCCAAAGAUGUUCUGAAUUAUAAAGUAAAAGUUAUGGCACCAGCAACCGCGAAAUUUGAAAAAUAUACGGUAUACACAACAAGAGUCCCUGGAAGCGGAUAUACAGUAUUACUCGCAUUAAAAAUGAUUGAACAAAUUAAGUCAUUAAUGAAGAAGGGUGCCUCACCAACUGAAAAAGCUGUAUAUUUAUUAAAAGUACUGAAAUAUACGUAUGCUUUUCAACCGCAAGUACGUGAAUUAACGAGCAAAACAAUUAAAAAUAUCAUUGAUAAAGGUGGAAAAAUAUUGGGAACAGCAAUUGUUAAAGGUGGUGUGGAAAUCAAACCAACAAUCCCUCGGAAAUUUGGUACUGUGACCGUUGCACCAAUGAUAUCACCAUUAAAUUUUGGUACUACAAAUGUAGUCAUAAAAAUUGGAAAUACUUCCGUUUCGGCAACCAGUACAAUUAAUCACACUUUUGGAUCGGGUAUUUUAUCGCAAAAAAUGGGAUUCUUUUACAAUAAUCAAAUGCGUGAUUUUAGCAGUCCAAAUUGGAGGCGUAAAGGAAAGCCCGUACGCAAUGCUCCAGGUCCAAAUAAAACACCCGGUUCGUCGAUUUCUGGUUUGGUGAUGGUUGAUAAAAAUGGCGUACCUGUUUUCCAAAUUGGUGCUGCGGGUGGUGGAAAAAUUUUAAGUGCUAUUGUUAAUACGUUAUUCAAUUAUUUUGUAUUGAAUCAAUCAUUAGAAAAGGCUUUACAAAGUUGUCGAUUUACACCCAAAUUAAAUUAUUCAAAAAAUAAAAUUAAAUAUAUGUACGAAUGUAUUGACGAUGAAAGUGUUGCAAAGCAACUACGUAAAAAAGGUAUUGAUUUCGUAAAAGUAGUUGAAUCUGGUUAUUCAGCGGCAACAGCAAUAUCGCAGAUCCGUUCGAAAUCGGAGGGUGUGUUCGAUAAUCGAAGAGGUGGUGCGGCAUCAUUAAGUUAAUCAUAUAUAAAAAAUAGUUAUUAAGCCCGAAUUAUAUUUUAUCAGCUGAUAGUUAUAUUGGUUUGAUACGAAAUGCAGCAAUGUUAUUAAUUUUCUUAAGUUUAGAUUAGUGCAGUUAGAGAACAGAUAGUAUGUACCGGGUGCCUAUAUUUUAAACAAUCCAGGUAAUCUAUUCGAAAGUGGACAUCUCAUAGAAGCCUUAAAUUUGAUCUAAAUUUGCAUGGUAUUUUGAAAAUCACUUGGAGGAAAAGUUUAAACUAUAUAAAGUUUUUAUUUUUAAAGUAACAAAAAACUUUUGUAAGAAAUAUUUGUUCAUUAAACUUAUAAUAUCAGCAGAAAUCGAACGCAAAAAUUUAUCGAUACUAGUUUUUCUAUUUGAUUUCUAUGAAAUCUAAACAAUGUACAAAAAAGUGUUUCCAACUUGUUGGGUUUUUUAUAUAAAAGACAAAAUUUGUUAUUUGAAGCUUUUUUCUAUUUCUCUUUUACUAUUUCCAAAAUAGUAGGUACUACUAUUUAUUUUAUUUUUACUUUCUAAAUUAAUACUA